AUGAAGACUUUCGUUUCAUUCGCAGUCCUCUUGACCACGGCUCUCUCAGCACCAGCGCCAGCGCCAGUAACAGCAGCAGAAGGAGUCAGUUUUCCGAUCACUGAUCUUCUCGGCACCGAUCUUACCAUCAAAGAAUACACCCAACAACUUGAAGACGCUCAAAGAGUCGAAGAGUUUACCUUGACCAAGCGACAAUAUGGCGGCGACACUUACAAUCAGCUCACUGACGGAACCGCAUGUCGCGCGGUGACAGUCAUCUGGGCACGCGGCACUACUCAGGAAGGAAACGUCGGAACACCAGACUCAGAAGGCCCGACUUUCUUCAACAAUCUGGCUAGCAGACUUGGAGGCACCAGCCGAUUGGCAAUCCAAGGCGUGACCUACCCAGCCAGCAUCGCGGGAUUCCUAGCGGGAGGCGAUGCAGCUGGAUCUACCACCAUGUACAAUCUGAUUAACACCGCGGCGUCAAAAUGUCCGUCGACAAAGAUCGUGGUCUCGGGAUAUAGUCAGGGUGCCCAGUUGGUGCAUACCGCAACACAAAGGCUUUCGGCAGCGGUUGCCGCAAGGGUUAGCGCCGUUGUUACCUUUGGGGACGCAGAUAGAGACGAGACUUUCGGAAGCGUCGCGGCAUCCAAGAUCCUCAUCAUCUGCCAUGAUGGCGAUAAUAUCUGUGAUAACGGUAUCAUCAUCACUCCAGCACAUAGAAAUUAUGAGAUUGAUGCACCUGCUGCCGCGGCGUUUGUGGCUACAAAAGUCUGA